CUGAGCAGCAGCCAGUUGUGUUUUUCCCCUCGCCGAGCUCACUCACUCUCAUCCUCUGCUCUGGCUCCCAUGCACUCUGAGGCUCCAAGGACAGCACAGACCUUUCCUCUCCUCCUCUUCGUCCAGUCUCGUAUCUGACAGGAUUUCUUUCUUUUUUUUCUCUCUUCUUUUACACGUGUCUCUCUCUUCUUUCUCUACCGGCUCCUUGGGCAUUAGUGGGGUACCAGUGUGUGUGUGUGUAUGUGUGUGUGCUCGGGGGUGUCAGCAUGGAAGCAGUGGCACUGUACACGUUUCGUGCCACAGAGAGUGAUGAACUCAGUUUCAACAAGGGAGACAUGCUCAGGAUCACCAACAUGGAAGAUGAUCCGAACUGGUACACCGCUGAGCUCCACAACAGGAAAGGCUUUGUGCCAAAAAACUACAUCAACUUGAGGCCACAUGCGUGGUUCGCAGGCCGAAUAUCUCGUGGCGUGGCUGAGAGUCGACUUAGACACAGAGAGUGCGGCGCAUUCCUCGUCAGGGAGAGUGAGAGUGCUCCUGGAGAGUUCUCAAUGUCUGUUAGUUAUGGCGACCACGUUCAACAUUUCAAGGUGCUGCAGGACCGCUGCAGCCAGUACUACGUGUGGGACGAGGCCUUCUCCUCCCUCAACGAGCUGGUGGACUUCUACCACAGCAACAGCAUUGCUAAGGAGAGGACGGUGUAUCUGAGAGACCCGGAGCACUUUGCCAGGCGCCCCCAUCAGGCGCACGCUCUCUUCGACUUCACCCCCCACCACCCGUCGCAGCUGCGCUUCCUGCGCGGAGACGUCAUCGAACUCAUGGACUGCUCGGACGCGGUACGUUGGAGGGGUCGUUGUCACGGACGCGUGGGCUACUUCCCCCCGGAGUACGUCCAGCCUAUGUACCAAUGACAGUGACCCCCAUAGGACAUCAAAGACACGGGUUCGUCGGCGAGGCAUCCGGACCCCCGCCUCGCCUCCCACCCCCCAAAAAAACAAACACUGCUCUCCUUCUCCACCCCUACCCACUGACCUGCGGAGGGAACGACUUGAUUGAGGCUUUAAAGAACUGAUUCCUCUCACGUCUAGGUCAUCGCAGCUUUCACUCUCUUCCACUUGAUUCUUCAGCUCGACUAUAAAAGUGAGGACAAAUCUUAAAAACACGCGCCUGUAAACUGUGGAAGACACGGUCAGAAACGAACAAAGACACACAAUCCUAACCAUAAUAAUUUUCUUAAAACUUAUCGGAGCGGGUGAACCCUCACUAAGGGUGCGAGUAAAGACCCCAAGGAAGUUUUUUUUCCCCGUCCAGAGCUUCUCGAUCUGGAGGGAGAUCCAGUGAAGAGCAGCGACUCUGAGGACCCUGACGUCAGACCCCUUUGUCACUGAGACGGAGGGUGGAAGCAACGUCUGGAUAUGACCACAUGUAAACCUGUGAACUUCAGGGGCAUUUGUUUGAGGAAAUAGUCUGCUACUGGGAGACUAAGUUCAGAUGUGACUGUGUGUGAACUGCUUGCCCUGUGUGCGUGGGUGUGUGUGGUAUGGCUUUGUAGAGACCUGAUUGUGAAUCACUAAAGGAAGUCCCCGUAUUGCCGUGAGGACCGAGCUAAAAUACUGCUUUGAAAAUACACUGCUUAAAAUGUAAUGAGCUUAUUUUAUUUGCCGACCAUAUGUAUUUAUUCCAACUCGUGUGUGUGUGUGACCUGUAAAAGCGUAUAUUGUAAAUAGAAUUCUUCAUUACUGAAAGCAAACAUUUGACAUCAUUUACAAUAUGAACUUGGACUCGUCUUCCAUUACUUGUUAUGAGAAAUCAAUUAAAGAAACAUAUAGGUUUACCUCUUUGACCCUGCUCUCUUAGCACAAGAUAAAUAAAUAAAAACUGUUGCCAUCA